AUGUCGAGCUUCCAAGCAGUCAACACCACCCUGACGGUGCCCGAGCCGCCACCAGCACGCUCUGGCGAAGAAACAACCCCUACCACCCCACGACCAGACCCUAGGUUCCACAAAGACUCGAAGCGUGGCGACGAAACAAGAGCCGAGGACCCCUCGCUCAAGACACCCACACGCAACAGCUUCAUUGGCAUCGCUGGACAGCGACCCUUGCCCUCUUCGCCCUUCACACCCUCGCGCGAACUCAGUGAGACCCCUUCGACCAAAAGCAACUUGAGCAGAGGGCAGUCGUACACAUCGACGCAGUCCGUAGACGCGGCAGAAGAUGUGCAAAUGGGCGACGGCGACGAAGACGACGACAAAGACGCUUCCGACAACGAGAGUGCAACCAGCGAAAGUGGCAGGCCGUCAAAGAAGAAAAAAGGCCAGCGUUUCUUCUGCACCGAGUUCCCUCCGUGCAACCUAAGCUUCACAAGAAGCGAGCACCUGGCCCGACACAUCCGUAAACACACCGGCGAACGACCCUUCCAAUGCCACUGCUCUCGGCGCUUCUCACGACUCGACAACCUUCGACAACACGCGCAGACUGUCCACGUAAAUGAAGACAUACCCGCGGAAUCGCUCGCUGCGACUGGCACACGAUUUCAGAGACAGAUCAGAACGGACCGCGUCAGGCCUCCUGGGCCUCGCUCUAGGGCCAACACUCUUGGAAGCAUGGGUGGGCACAGUAGAGGGCAUAGCAGAAAUCUUUCCACUUCGAGCAUCACGUCUACUAUUUCCGCCAUGAGCGUGGCACAGUCUCCAGAUUCGCGGCGCCGACCCCCACCGCUUGCCAUGGCUAGCGACGACUCCGCGAGAGCACGUCUGUCGCUUCAGACCAUGGAAGCCUACAACCCACCGCUGAUGGGCAGCCCUGGACCUCAGAUCGUCGAGUACGACUCUCAAUCAAACGCCCCUACAACACCCACGUCAGCUACAUACUCUACGGUCGCUGGCAGCCCUGCUCACUUUGGCUCUGCCAUUCAGUCACCGGCGUCAACUUCUUCGAGACCGGUUUCAUGGGCCGGUCCACCACCUGGACGCCGCUUGUCCAACAGCAACCCUUUUUCAGGACCGCCCGGACAAGUACCUCCACCGUACAUGUCGCCGCUACAAUCUUCGGCCGCCUCCACGUUCUCGACUCAGAGUAGUGUUUACGGCAGUCCAGUAGUAUCGAGCUUCCCUGGACAGAGGAGGGAAUCAAAUGCCGACGCAGACUGGAGACGACGCACUUGGCAUCCAGGAACAUACACGGGACCGCGACCAGCGACCAGCGGGCUUGGGUAUCACCAAACACCCGACGCAGACCGUCCGUCGUAUACAUCGCAGCCUGCUGCAUCGCAAACUAGACUUCCUGGUAUUGAAAGUUUCGACUACGCGCCUCCUCCACUAGCUCUAUCACGUCCCCAACAAGGUCCUGUGCAUAUCGAGGCACCACAACGCCCCCUCACCUAUCAUGCACCCAUCGAGCCUCUACCAGGCGUUGGCCACAGGAAGCGCAUGAGUGUUUCCUGGGAGGAUACAAUGCAAAGGGGCAUCAACCGUCUGGACAUUACCGGAUCAGCGUCCCCACGUGAGUCGUGGUCGCAGUACCCACCGAAUGGACAACCGGCUACAACACGGCCAAUGACUGCACCUCAUGGUUACUUCAGCCAUCAACAGCCUUCUCAUGUUCCCCAGCCACUACAGAUACAUCCGGCUGAGCUCGAGCGUAACCCUCAGGAACUGCCUGCUACGCCUCGCAGAAACAAGCGACAAGCUUGGUACAACGGGCCUGUCAGCCAACCCGCCGGUCAACCAGUCACUCAACCGGUACGAGCCAUUCAGCGCACGUCUCCCGAGGACUCCAGCAGUAGCGAAGGUGUCCCAACCCCUGGAAAUACCACAAUGAGCGAGUACCAUCCUGCAAUCGUGCACAGCAACGGCUUCGUUGAAGCACAUCCUCCAGGGACACAUGUGGACGAAUACAAGCCUGCAGCCUCAAUCAUGGAUAGGCCGCAUCCACUGCAUACCGGCUACCAAUCGUAUCAUCGCCAUACACUGUCCAACUCGAGUUCUAGUUCCACCUACAGACCACAGCGCGAGCCUGAGAGAGCACCUACCACACUUGGACAACCGUCACCUCCUGCAGGCGUCCAUGACAUGAGACGACUCGAUGCACUCGUGGCUGUGGCAACUGGCGAACAUCAAGCUGUUGAGAACCGAUCUUAA